CGGGUCCCGGUGCCGGUUGCUAGGGACGCGGGGCGGGCCGUGUGCCGGAAGCGGCGGCGGAUGGAGGCGGAUGGAGGCUGAGGAGCUGGCGGAGGUUCCCCGCCGUGUUGGGGUGCCCAGGAUGGGCCGGCGGGCUCGCCAGGACCUCUUCUCUCGUGAGAGUCUCAGCGGGAAGGACUCCUCUGCGUCCGCGGGAGAGGAUGAAGACCCUGAGGAAAUGGUUGACCAUGAACCACCACCUAAACCCCCACGCCGGCAGGGAGGCUGGGCAGUCGAUCCUGUAGCGGCGCCUACCAAGUCAGGAAAAAAACAUGCAGAAGAAGUAGAAGACCAUCGUCUCAGGCAGCAGAGCCAGGAGGCAUCAAAUGAGGGAGGAGAUAUUCCUGUGAUCCCUGACUUAGAGGAAGUCCAGGAGGAAGAUCUGGCCAUGCAAGUGGCAGCUCCCCCCAGUGUGCAGGUGAACAGAGUGAUGACCUACCAUGACUUGGACAAAGAUCUUACAAAGUAUGCUGCCUUUCAGACUCUGGAUGGAGAGGUUGACCUGAAGCUUCUCACCAAAGUCUUGGCUCCAGAACAUGAACUACGGGAGGAUGAUGUCUGCUGGGAUUGGGACCAUCUCUUCACAGAGGUAUCCUCAGAACUAGUAACUGAGUGGGACGUGGGACAGUCUGAGAGAGAGGACCACCUCAGUGUACCCUAGAGCACUGAUACACCUGAUAUCUCUCAUGUACACAUUCCCUGUAAAUAGUUUAGCACUUUAAUUUUCUAUUUACUUGUUUGUAUUUGAGAAUAUAUUUCAGACAUGGAAAUAAAUAGAACUUGGUCUGUAGGAAAACUGGCUUGGGGGAAGUUUUGGAUAUUUUAUACUAAGACUCUUCAUUCUCAAAAGAGAUUAAGAAUUAGAAGCACAAUAUAUUAUUUACUUAUGAACAGUCACUGUCACCUUACUUUAGCACCUUUACAGAUAACUGCUAUGGUCAGUCUCUCUGGGAAGACUGUCUUACACAGUCAAAGAAUGGAGUGUGGUUUUCAGUGAUGGCUGUGAGAGAAGCUUAGGUUGGUGCAGUUUGUUUGCCUAGAACAUCAAGGUUAUCAUCUUCCCACAACAGAUGCCACAAGUUGUCAGGAUGUCUGCGUUACAUCUUGUCCAUCAGCCUCCUGCCAUCCCUUGCUGGUUUAACAUUUGCCCUGGGUCCUUACCUCUGUAUUGCCUCAGAGGAAGCAGCAUCACCAACUAAACUGCCACUACUGCUUCUUGCAGCACCUUUUGUUUUCCCUGGAGUUAUCCCAGUCAAGGGCUGACCAAGCCUAACCCUGCUUAGCUUCAACAGUUAGAUGAGAUCACAUAUUGAAUGGAAUUAGCUCCAGGCAAUAGGUGGUUUGCAAAGAAAAUACUGCUCAUUCCACAUGUGAAAAAAUGAAGCCUGCUGCUCUGAAACAAGCUAACUCCCUGGCGUGUUUCCUUGGAAGCAAGUAACCUGUUCUCAUUGUCACCUAAAAAAAACUCCGUUUAGCUGUUAAUGCCCUAUCCCCAUAGAGCUGUGGUCAUUAUUUGCAGGAAACAAUAGUAUUACUUCUAAGCCAGUGUCCUUCAAAGCCUUGUCCCACAGGAGAACCGUGCUAUAUACUUCUGGGGGACAGUGCAGGUGCUGUGCAGAAGGCUUGAUGUGCUGCUUUUCUUAGCUUGUUCUUUAGAUCUAAUGGAGCACUGCAUUCUUUCUUUUGUACUGAUGCAAGUCCAGGAGAAACGACUCACUGUGAACUCAGUACUCUGCAAAAUUUCUGAUCAGAGUUGAUAGCCAAAAAAAAAAUCUACCAGCAAGAGAGAAGAAGCUGCCUCAAUGAGAUGCUAUGUUUGUAAAAUCAAGGAAUCUCCCCCGUAACUAGAAAAGUAGAUGAGAUGGAAGCCUUGGGGCUAGUGUAUGGAGGAUACCGCUGAAGUCUCUUUCUGAGCAGAGAAACCUGUUUUGGUAUGAACAGAAACUUCCCAGCUGGGCCAGUGUCUGUUCUUCUCUGAUAUCUGUGGCCCUUGGCCAAAGAGAAUUUAGGAUUCUUCCUAUAGUCCAAGAAGGAGAAAACAAAUUCAGCAAGCUUAGUAAAUCAGACAAUCCCAACAAGGCUGUGUGGGGAAGAGAAUGGUAAAGAGUGGAAGAAAUUGAUUAGGCUUAGGGUUAGAUUUGCACAGUUCACAUCCCAAAGAUCAUAGAAAAAGCCGAGGCUCUCUUCUCUCAAAUACAGUCUGUAGUCAGCUUAGUGUGAGCUCUCUCCAUUCUGCUUGAGCUGAGUAUCCUCUAAGCUGCUUGCCUGGUAUCACGGUAUUCAGUGCAUGCCAGCCAGUUAUCAAUGACCACAAAAGCUGAGGAUUCCCAGGCUUGAGGCACAAGAGUGGAUGAGCUAUGAAUCCAACUAAUCUGGCUGUCCAGCCUGAGGUUUGAUAUGUGACGUGUGUUGGAGUUUAUUUAGGUACUUAGUGAGGUGGCAUUACUGACAAUUGGAGCUCUAAGAGAGGAAAACCAGGCAUUAUUUAGGCAGCCUGCAGGAUGUGAGCUGUAGAGGCAGUGCUCAGCCCAUUGCUCCUCAUGAAGCUGUAUGCCAUGCCAACAGUCUUGUCUCUUGUCCAGGAGGGCAGAGCACUGUCUGCCUCUAAGGACUUCACCCAUCUCCCUGGGUAGGUAAAGUGCUCCUGGCUGGCUGCCGUCCUAGCAGGGAGAAAGGACAGGCAUCUCUGGUCUGGGCAUCAGUGCUCAGCCCCUCAGAGACCGCGCUGGACCUUCAGGAGCCAAGAGGAAGGAGACCCUUGAAACAGAAGCGGAAGGGACAUUGGAUGCUCAGAGAUCUUUCUGGAGAUGGUGACAGGUAGGAGUGUGGAGGGCAUGUGGACACCAUUUAAGGCAGGGUGUGGGGAGGAGGGGACUUGAUGUCACAGUGGGGUUUGUGGGAGGGGCAAGAGGAAUGAGGAGGGUGAAUGAUUUGGGAACAGUAUGUAUAAUGUUUGGAGGGACUGAGGGCAAAGCAGGUGCUGAUGAAGAGGCUGGAGAAAAGGAAAGAUGAGGUGCUUGGAUGUGUAGUUUGACCUGCUAUGAAACAGGCCAUGGCAGAUCUCGAUGCGAUGUGGCUGAGCUUCACCUGUCUUCUCCCUGGUUAGUUAUCCCAGCAGACAACUGCCCUUGUGGUUCAAAAUCUGCUUUAUUUCUAAGCUCUGUUUUUGUUUCAUCUUCUAUUCCUUGCACCUGGUUAUGCUUUCACCUUCCCUGUUAAACCAUGCUGUCAGAUACUUUCUACUUGCUCAGGUAUUUAUGUGCACUGUGAACAAGUAGUCUCUUUAAUUUUCUUCAAUAAAGUUAAUAGAGUGA